GAUCCAAAUUAUGAAUGAUAUGAACUACGAAAAUAGAGACUAAUUUCUCUAUUGUUCAUAUAAUAAAAUCACACUCCUCGAUACGUUAUGACACUUGGGGAUUUUUCAAAUCUUACAAAAAUAAAAAUAAAAUCUUCUGGGAACAAAGAAUGUAGUUCGAAUUAGGUGAGAACAGAAAUAGUUCAGAUUUAAACAGUACCACAGACUCGAUGUAUGUAAAAAUGUAUCUAGAGAGCUUAUUUGCAUGGUUUUAUCAGUGUUUUAUCACAAAUGAUAAAGACGAAUCUAAACAAUAUAGCAUUGGAACCUCGGAUUUUAGUUUUCGAUUCAGUCUUGAUAAGGUGAUGACAGUGAAAAUUAAAUAGUGCAUAUUCACAUGCUCUUAUAAUUCCUGUACCUAUAGUCAUUGACAAUUCGCCGAUUAGACUGAUGAUAUCAAUGUAAAUAAGUAUUGACAUUUUUUUAUUAGGUGCGUAUUGUUUUUCUCUCCAAGUGAGAGUUUUCUUUGAACAUCCAUUUCGAGUGGUUUGAAAUGACCGAUGAGUGAUCGAUUAUUUCCUAGUUAGUGUGACUGAAUUUUAGUACUAUUUAGUUUUUAACUUUCCAUCUGAGGGAUAUGAUCAUACUAUGUGCCUAUUAGUGUUCUAUUAUUGUAUCAAAAGAUAUGUGCUCAACUUUAGAAGAUUUAAAAGAUGCUAUUUGAGUUUUCCGACCUCCGGCAUUGGUCGACCGUCAUUAUACCAUGCCCUGGUGGUAAUUUUCUUAGAGUUUUUUGCAUGGGGUUUGCUCACAAUGCCCGUCAUUUCGGUGCUGAAUUCAACGUUCCCUGAUCACACCUUUUUAAUGAAUGGCUUGAUCAUGGGAAUUAAAGGAAUUCUCAGCUUUUUGAGCGCUCCUCUCGUCGGAGCCCUUAGCGACGUUUGUGGCAGGAAACUAUUCCUUUUGGUGACUGUAUUUUUCACAUGCUUGCCAAUUCCACUUAUGACUAUCAACACAUUUUGGUUCUUUGCCAUGAUCUCAAUAUCAGGUGUGUUUGCGGUUACGUUCAGCGUUGUGUUCGCGUAUGUAGCCGAUGUAACAGAUGAAAAAGAAAGAUCAUUAGCUUACGGAUUAGUUAGUGGCACAUUUGCAGCCAGUAUGGUAAUUUCUCCAGCUUUGGGAGCUUAUUUAAUGGACAGAUGGUCGCUCUCUCUAGUCGUUGCACUUGCGACAGCAGUAGCUAUUUUAGAUGUAUUCUUCAUUCUUGUUGCCGUUCCAGAAUCUUUGCCAGAAAAAGUUCGAGUCUCUCCGAUAAGUUGGGAACAAGCAGAUCCUUUCUCAGCUUUAAGAAAUGUUGGUCAAGACCCGACAAUCCUACUACUGUGCAUAACAGUCUUCCUAAGCUACUUACCGGAGUCGGGGCAGUAUAGUUGUAUAUUUGUUUACUUAAAGCUAAUAAUGGGUUGGAGCUCCAAAAUGGUAGCGGUAUUUGUGGGGCUAGUUGGGUUGCUGGCCGUUAUAACUCAACUAUGUUUAGGUAUUUUAAUAAAAAAUCUCGGAGCCAAACACACCAUCAUACUUGGUUUACUGUUCGAGAUGCUUCAACUCUUGUGGUAUGGUUUCGGUACCACCAUGUGGAUGAUGUGGGGUGCUGGUAUUUUGGCCUCUAUCGGGUCUAUAACCUACCCGGCCAUCUCAGCAUUUGUUUCAGUUCAUACGACUGCUGAUCGACAAGGAGUUGUCCAGGGAAUGGUUACUGGCAUGAGGGGACUUUGCAAUGGUCUAGGACCUGCCAUGUUUGGAAUAAUUUUCUACAUGUUUCACGUUGAUUUGAACGAGGGAGAAAAUCAAAAUGCUACACAUUCCACUCAAACUCUUGAAUCUUACACGGAGCUCAUGCCAGGGCCGCCUUAUGUGUUUGGAGCCUUUCUAGUCUUGUGCGCCAUUUUUGUGGCUACUUUCAUUCCUACUAAAACCGUUCUUGAAACUAAUAUUCCAUUAGAUACGCAUUAUGAAAUGGAAAGAGGACAAAGGGUACCGGGAACUUUGAGCCCACUUAUAACAGGUAGAGGCAGUGGCGACCCAACUAUACUGUAGAAGCAGUUGGAAACUGCGUGCAUCCGCCCCUGUAUAUACUGAGAGUAAUUGAUUGCGAUCGGCAACUAAAUUACGUUUAUUUCUAGAAGAAAAUGUAAGAUGAAACUACGUGAAAGAACUGAGGUAAAAGUUGUGGUAACGGCUUGUGAGUAAAUAAUUUGAAAAGCAGCGAAAAAGUUCUGCGAUACAAUUCUAUUAGUCAAUACCAAAGAGAGAAAUCGGUUUAAACUUGACUUGACAGCAACUUUUAUUAAUUGUGCUUCAAAAACAGUACUUUUUAAAUGUUAGCAAAGCCACUCAAAAACCUUUAUAGAUUUUCCCUUCGUUCUUCAAUUCACUACUAUUCCAACUGGCUUCAGCAGUUAUAAAAUCUCAUAGGAAAAAGAGUUAUUUAGAUUUUGUUUUAAAUAAUAUCGGAAUAUUUACAUUAUAUAAAUAAAUCAAAUUAUAUAAUGUAUAUUUUGGAAAAAGAACAUCUUGCGUGUAUAUAUUGUAAUGUGUACUGUAUAAGACUAGUGGCCAGCUGUGAAACAAAUUCCAUAUUGGAUAUGUCAAUGCUAAGAAGUAGUUCAAUUUUCAACAUAAGCAAUAGUGAUUCCAGAUAAACUGUAAUUCAACUGUGGUAUUAAAUUAUGCAAAAGAGUGAUGAUUUAGAAUAGAAAAGAUUCUUUUAUUUUAAACUAAAAAAUUUAAAUAAGUGCUGAAGGACGCUGUAUAGUUUAUGUUGAAUUACAAUUAUAUAAUUCUGCGCUUUUCUACAUAUCAAACUUUAAAAUAGACUUCUCAAUGCAUUUAAUACCUUGAUAUGGAAUUAGUAAAUACGUUAUGGGUUGCUAAUAUAAGAGACCUCGUUGAGUUUGUAGGAAGUUUAGUAAAUUGAAUAUUUAACUGUAAAAUUAUCGAUAAUAAUUGUUGUUGCGCACGGGCAAGCAUGAGUAUAUUUUCGAAAAUUAUUAAUCCAAUUAUAAAAUUGAAAACAUCAAUUGCCAUGGAAAUAAUGAAAAAGUAUUAUUUCAUUGCUUCCAUGGCAAAUACGUCAUUAUUUACUCUUUAUUUUGGACGUAGUCUGCAGUUAAACGACCCGAAAUAGAAAUUAUUUUCUAGACCUAUAAAACGCAUAGUGAUUUGUUGGCCUCACUAUUAAAACUUUAUCAUAUGAAAAAUUACGUAAUUUUACGACAAAAAUAUAAUGUGAUUUUUUAAAAGAAAGCAAGUACAUCAAAGCAUAACAAUAGUUAAAUAAAAAGUAAAUAAGAUAUAUUCCAAGUAUUGCAAAAUGUUGUCCAAAAGUCAGUUGAAGUCAUCUAAUUCGUAAAAUAAGUGCAAUAAUUACGUACCCACUUGAGAGGAUUUUUCGUUUUCAGUUACAUGUUUUUUGUAUAUGGCUAAUUGUUUAACUUAGUUCCUAAUGCUGUUAGGAAUUUAGAGUUAAACCGUAAAGAAGUGAACAAAAUCCAAGCUGUAAUAGUUAAGUCUAAGUAAAUUGGCAAUACUAAACUAUGGGUUCUUACAGGAAUGAUGACUAUGAUUGCAAUAUUGAAGUCAGAAUGGAAUAAACUGUACGAAAUUUGAAAACAAAACAAUUCCAUUCAGAGCUCUGAAAAAAUGUCAGUCAAUUUGAAAUUGUCGUCGCGGAACAUUUUUCACAUUUCUCGUAUUUGUUUGCUGAAAAACUUUACCGACCAAUCUCUGUAUCAUCUGAUCAAUAUCUGUAUCAUUUUUAUAUUUUUUUCUACAUGUACAAAGUUAGUUUUAAGCUUAAAAUUAAUACGUUUAGUUGUUAUUUUUUGGGUGGUUUAGAUUACGAAAUGAAAUAAAUUUGAAAUUUUUCCGAUUGACUUAAACUUGGCUUGUCAAAAUGUCGUUUUUAUUAAAAAAGUGUAAACAAAAUAACUCACCCUAACAGUACCCUCAAAGCUAUUCUUUCGCAAACUUGCUUUUUACUUCAAAUAAAUGCAAAUAAGUAUAAUAGUAAAAAUAAUGCAAUCAAUCCCUAGCCAAUGUUAAUACGAUUUUUUUAAGUGACACAUCGUGAUUAUCGCGAUAUAUCUACUUACCAUUCUACUCUUCAGUAUGCUAUCCAGGGUUCUUCGGAUUAAAGUCUGCUUCUUAAUGUUUCAAACUUUCGUACAAUUGUAUCUACCAGAUGUGGUGUCGAACGAAUAUUUUUGUACGAAUCAUCCUUACAAUGAAUAAUCAUUCAUCUAUUCGUGAUUAUUCGAAAUUUUAGGCUGUGGUAUUUAUUAGUUCAUUAAUUUAUCACCGAGGAACUUUGCAUAUGCAGAAACAUUAGAUAGAUCAGCUUUUCAUUGAGACCUUGAGAAAUUUAGCUCGAAUACUGUUCCCGCUUUAAACGUUCAGCAAGAACAUAAUACAAAUGCUUUAUUAAAUUAGGUUUCAAUGUAAACUAUCUUAUAUCGUUAAAAUUGAAGAUAUAAUCGUCAAGGCCAUUCUUGUCAAACAUAUUUGUUAAUUUUAUAUUUUUAUUAUUAAUGUCUGCCAUUUGAGACACUUUCAUGUUUUGUAGAUAUGACAAGGGAGACUAAUUAUAAUUAAACUGAAAAGUAUUCUAGAGAUUAGAAUUACACCUAUUAUAAAAGAAAAUAAAUAACGUUUAUGUAAA